UCCAAUAGCUUUCGCAUCAGGUAACCGCAGUGCAAAUAAACCGUCCGUCGAAGCUUCGUCCGAAGAUUCGUCUCCGUUUCUCACGUUGGCUUCUUUAUUGAUUUAUUUUUUUUUUAUUUUUUUUUUAUUUUUAUCAAUACCGUGUCAAAUCUCAAAAGCGUCCGUCGCGCUGAAAAGAAUCGAGAGCGGCGUUUCCCGCGCAAAAUCGCAUCUCCCACGGACAGAAGAAGAUCGAUGAAGAUUACAGUGACCUCGUACGAUUCACGAAGUACCGAGCAAAAGGGGAUUUGCGAGGCGAAUUACAGCGAGAGCUGCUCGAGGUUUUGUCGACAAGGCAUCUUUUGAUAGAAAACAGCUGACUCUCUCUCGCUUCGCGAUUUCAGCUGAUACAACACGAACCGGAAGAUCCGCUAAACGCGGGUUUCGUUCUGUAUAGCUUCGAAACAAAUCUUCUCCAGUGACGCCUUUCCUCUGUACUCUCGGUGCUAAUAUUAUUGCAGUGCGAAUAUCUAAAUAUAGAUUUAAGCGCGCGUUUGUGCACGCUUGACGUAAAGUCGCGCCGGCUCUUUUUCACUCGGAUUCGACGCGUCGAGAGAUCGACGUUUACGCGCCGGCGCCAUCGAGGACUUUCGAGGAUCAUGAAGAACCUCGUCUUUCGAGUUCUUCUCGCGUCCUGCGUCUUAGGAUUAACGAGAGCUGACGCCGGCAAAUUAUCGACGCCGGAGAUCAAUUAUAACGGCGCCCAGAGAUCAUACUGCCCCGCGAACGCAUACGUCGAAAAUCAACCUGUCAAUCGAUACGAUAGUUCGCUGCGAUUGAGACAAUUAAGAUCUGAGAUGACUCGAGUGACCGCGGUUCAAGGACCGGCCCUCGACGGUUACAUCGUCACAUCGGACGACGAGCACCAAACAGUGAGCUUCGUUUCUCACGGCCGUGACGGCCCUUCAGAGAGCGAAAGUCUAGAUCCGAGUGAUAUGAGAAAAGAAUUUCUUACCGGAUUUUAUGGGAGCGCUGGAGAAGCCCUGGUCACUAUAGAUAAAGCGAUAUUUUGGACUGACGGUCGAUAUCAUAUUCAAGCAGAUCAUCAGUUGGAUUGCAACUGGAUUCUAAUGAAAGAAGGUGAACACGAUGUACCAACGAUAACAGAAUGGUUGAUUCACGAAUUUCGAAAUCGAACGGAAGUGCGUAUUGGCGCUAAUCCGAAGUUAAUAUCUGCAUACAUGUGGGAAUUGUGGGAAGAGGAAUUAGCGAAUUCAACCGUAAAAUUAGUUGCGGUUCGUAACGACCUGGUGGACUUGAUUUGGCAGGUGGGUCGGCCUGAGUACAAUUCACACGCGGCAUAUCCGCUGACAGACGAAUAUUCAGGUAAACCGUGGCAAGAGAAGGUUCGGAGCAUCCGGUUGGAAAUGGAGCUCUGGUCGGCCGAUGCGCUUGUCGUCACUGCAUUGGAUGAGAUAGCAUGGCUGUUUAACAUCCGCGGUUACGAUCUACCGCAUACACCUGUCAUAAGGGCCUACGCAAUUGUCACUCAAGGAUCUUUACAUCUCUACGCGCCAAAACAGAAAAUUCUGCGAUCCGUCGAUAUACAUUUGAAAACCGACUCAUGCUUUCACGCGGACUGUGUCAAGUUGCACAACUACACGAAUAUUUGGUACGACUUGAAAACUAUGUCUCAAGCCUGGAACACGGUGUGGCUUCCGUCACCUUGCGGCUACACGCUUGGUGCGUCUAAAGAAAUAUACGAUUCCAUUCCAGUAGAGAAAAGACUGCCAAAACCUUCGCCUGUGAUCGAGCUACGGGCGGAGAAGAACAAAGUCGAAGCGGCAGGUAUGAGGAAAUCUCAUUUAAGAGACGCGGUGGCCAUGUGCGAUUUCCUGGCCUAUAUGGAAGAGCAGUACGAGUUGAACUCCGAAGGAUGGGACGAGAUGCAAGUAGCGAGAGUGGCCAACGAAUUACGUUACGAACAGGAUUAUAACAGAGGUAUCGCUUUUCCGACAAUCGCAGGAUACGGACCGCACGCAGCUGUGCCGCAUUACGAGCCGAUUAAUUUGACCAAUAUCAAAAUCGGGACCACAUCCACAUUAGUAGUGGAUUCCGGAGGACAGUAUCUGGACGGUACCACGGACGUGACCAGAACUCUUCAUUUUGGAAUUCCGACCGAUGAACAGAAAAAGGCUUACACGAGGGUGCUAAUCGGUUCGAUCGAGCUGUCGUCUCUUAUCUUCCCCAGCGAUACAACGACCGAUCAGUUGGACGCUGUCGCGCGAAGGCCGCUGUGGAGCACCGGUUACAAUUACAUGCACGGCACCGGUCACGGGAUUGGUCACUUCUCCUCAGUACACGAAUCGCCUAUCAGCGUCUCGUAUCAUGGAUACAAAAGUUCACUCGCAGGAUGUUCCGCCAGAUUGAAGCCAGGAUUCUUCUUGUCGAACGAGCCGGGCUACUACAAAGAGGGUGAUUUCGGUGUUCGUUUGGAAAACAUACUCGAAGUAAUAACGGCUGGCAAAUUACCUCGUAAUGAAAAGACGUUUCUUAGAUUCCGGGAUGUCACUCUCGUUCCUUACGAACCAAAACUCAUCAAUUUCGACAUGCUAACCCCGUUGCACCGGCGUUGGUUAAAUAAUUACAAUAAACGCAUACGAGAAGAAGUUGGUACGGAAUUAAAAAAGAGAUUGAAAAUGAAAGCAUUUUACUGGAUGAUGAUGAAGACUAUGACCAUUCCAGAAUCAAGUUCAAACAGUCAGGAUUUCUUUCCUGAUUAUUCUCGCUCGACGCCGUCCGUCAAAAGACAAUUCCACGUUUUAGUCGUGAUUGUUGCCAUUUAUCAUGUUGCGGCAAAUCUUAUAAGAAUGCGGACCUAAUCGGGGAAACGCGUUGAUUGAUACCUGCUGAUUGUUUUAACAAACAGUCUUUAACUGUAACUUUUUUACUUUUAAAAUACAUUACUUCCAAAUGUGUC